AUGCAGUCUCUCCUUCUCUUAGUUCUCUUCGCGUUGUCGAUAAGCGUCAAGUGCACCAACUUCGCCUUCGAGGAAGAACAGCUAGUAGAAGCCGACGUUAGAGCCUUUCCAGCCAUUGCCUUCGGAAAUUCGUCGGCGGUGACCCUUCUAGAUGAUGAGCCAGAAUGCAGAGAGUAUCCGGGAAGCAGCAAUUGGCCACUAGAGGAAGAAUGGUUGUUGUUAAACCAGUCUUUAGGGGGCGCUUUGAUUAAAGGGGUUCCGCCCGCGGCGGUAUGUUACGACGGGUCUUUUAAAGAUGAAGCUGCGUGCACAUUUCUCGUCCGGAAUUCGAGCAUGAAUCGUUUCUAUAUAAAUAACCCGGUCACCGUGUUGAGUGAAUGGGGCGAGGGUGAUACCUGUCACGCAACACUGCAGCCGCAAAGUGGUGAUACCUGCACACAAGGUGCUUUCCCCACUUUCGUCAUCAACGCCACAACAGCGAGGCAGAUCCAGAUUGGCGUCAACUUCGCUAGGAAUAGGAACCUGAGGCUGGUUAUUAAAAACACAGGGCACGACUUUGUCGGCCGAGCGGUUGGCUUGGGAAGUCUCAGUAUAUGGACACACUACCUAAAAGAUUUCGAAUAUCUACCGCGGUACCAGGUCGGUGAAUAUGAUGGUAAAGCAGGUAGGGUCGGGGCAGGUAUCGAGAGUUGGGAGAUGUUUUCCCAGAUGGACAAGUACAAUGUUACAUUCGUUGUCGCCGGAGGGUACACCGUCGGGGCUUAUGGUGGCUGGAUGGCUGGCGGUGGACACUCCGCUUUGGCUUCCAAGUACGGUCUAGGUGCCGACCAAGUCUUGUCUCUCCAAGUCGUCACGGCUGACGGCAGGUUCAUCACUGCGGACCCGAACCAGAAUACUGAUCUUUUCUAUGCGUUACGUGGAGGCGGCGGAAGUACUUUUGGCGUCGUAACCUCAGCCGUGGUUAAAGCACACCCAUACACGACUGUACUCUCCACCUCUAUAAGAUUUUCAACUAGCGAAGUCAAUGGGUCCGUCGACCCUAGCGAAAAUGAGAAGUUCUGGAAGGGCUUCGAUUUGUACCACGAAUUCGGUAAAAAGAUAGUUGACGAUGGUGGUACAGCAUGUAUGUUAAAAUCUCCCUCUGCCCCUUAUGUGUCGCGCAUGUCGUCCAGUAACGAUAGCUACAGCUUCAUGACAGAUGUCGAGCUUCCUAACGUAUCAGAAGAAUACUUAUCCGCGUUCGUCCAGCCUCUUCUCGAUGACCUUCAAGCAGCAGGCAUCGACGUAACCGCCCGAGCGCCAUCCCCAGCGACAAACUGGUUAGCAUCGGCUAGAGCAGGCAUCGGCGACACUCCAGGCAGCUCCCGGUUCGCUAGCCGCCUGCUCCCGCGCGCCAAUUUCGAGGAUCCGGAAUUAUUCCAGGCAACGCAACUCGCGCUUCGCCAGUCUAUCGAGGAAGGCUACCGGUUCCACGGCAUCCACAUACAACCUACCGAGGCCGUAGCCGGCUACCCGGGCUCCGGAAACGCCGUUAACCCCGCGUUCCGACGGGCAAUCAUGCACGCCGACCUAUUCGAUUCCACGACCAUCAGAGGGCUAUCUCCCAUGGCGUGGAAGGAAACGCACGCGCAGCUUGCGAAUGCGAUGGAUAGGUGGAGGAACGUGACGCCGGGAGCCGGGGCGUAUAUCAACGAAUGCGAUGUAGAGGAACCGGAGUGGCAGCAGGCGUUCUUUGGGAGCAAUUAUGAGAGGUUGUUGGAGAUCAAAAAGGCUAGGGAUCCGUGGGGCGUGUUUUAUGCGCCGACGACGGUGGGGAGCGAGGGGUGGGUGGUUAGGACUGAGGAUGAUAUGCCCACGCAGAACGGGAUGUUGUGUAGGGCUGGAGCUGGGGUGGUGGAGAGGAGGGGUGGGAUGGGGAUGGGAGUGUGA